AUGAAUUCUCGUCCUGGUGAUGACAGUCGUGAUUUAACAAGUUAUGGAUCUUUCAGAUCAUUUCAAUUGUCAAGUAAUGAUGAAAGCGAUAAGGAGAAAGAAUUACCAAUUAAAAAAAUUCGUGAAGCCUCGUCCAGUGUAACACCCAUACACGAUAUGAUGGGUCAAACCUUUGGCCAACAUUCAUUUCUGCCGCUUAUGCAACUCCUUGUAAGAAUGAAAACUGUUCAAAGAAGACAUACUGGUAAUACUCAAAAUGCAAUAUUUAUUUGUGUCUCAAUUCGAAUAAACAUGAGUAGUUCUUAUUUAAGAUGUGUAUCUUCAUUUUCUUUUUGA